GAUUCAUCGAUAGCGUGCAAGACUGUUAGAAGAUGAACUUCGACGACGUUUUACCCAUUUUGGGAGGCUUCGGACGAUACCAGAUUAUUUUAUACUGCGCUUUAUUAAUACCUACAAAUUUUCCUUUCGCAUUUAUCAUUCUCAGCUAUGUUUUUGUAUUCGCCACUCCCGAACAUUGGUGCAAAAUACCAGAACUGGAAAAUUAUGGAAUUGCUUUGGAUGAGGUCAAGAAUCUGAGUAUCCCUUGGGAGGAGAGAGAAGGAGAAUGGCAACCGAGUCAGUGUAAAAUGUACGACGUUAACUACACCAACGUGGCUUUGGAUUACCUGAUUAACAACGUGUCGUCUUCCAAUAAAAGUUGGCCCGUUACUGAUUGCAAAUUCGGAUGGAAUUACGACAGAUCGAUUUAUUAUAAUACGCUAAUAACUAAGUGGAACAUCGUUUGUGGUCAAAAAUGGAAAACAGCCCUUGCUAAUUCUAUGCUAUCUAUUGGAUGUGUCAUUAGUGAAUUUUGGAUCGGGUUUAUCAGCGAUAAGUGGGGUAGGAAACCAUGUCUAUUCAUCAUGCUCGUCUCCACUAUUUUGAUCGGGUUGGUGUCUUGUUAUCCGCCAAACUAUACGGCGUACAUUAUAUAUAGAGGAAUCUUAGGUUUUACUUGUUCUUCGUGUUAUCUUACUCCGUUUAUUUUGUUUACAGAAUUAACGACACCCAAUAAACGAUGUAUUACAGGAAUGAUCUGUGGAAUUGUUUAUGCUGGGGCUCUAAUUAUAUACACUGCAAUAGCAUAUUUAUUAAGAGAUUGGUUUUAUAUAACACUUAUGUAUAGUAUUCCAUUUAUACCACUUUUGGCGUAUUGGUGGUUUGUUCCGGAAUCACCGAGAUGGCUCAUAAGCCAAAAUCGCAUCGACGAAGCCGAAAAAAUCGUUCAGAAAAUCGCUAAAGUUAAUAAGAAAACCAUCGAGAAGGAUUUUCUAAAGAAAUUCCUCCAACAAAAAAAGAAAGAAGGCUACGAAAGCCAAACGUCCAGUUCAUCGUCGUAUUUAGAACUGUUAAAAUAUCCAAAUAUGAGAUGUCGACAAUUUAUUCUGUGCUUCGAUUGGGCAAUAAUAACUUUGGUGUAUGCUGUCUUGGUAUACAACGCGAUGAACAUGAAAAUCAACGAUUAUCUUGCAAAUGCCAUUAACUCCUUUUCGGAAAUACCAGGAAUUCUAAUCGUCAUGGUAGCCAUGGAUAAGAUUGGUAGAAGAUUAAGUCUCUUCUUGUCCAUGGGAAUUGCCGGAUUGGGGUGUUUGGCUGUAAUGUUCUUCCCACCAGAUUACGUUUGGACCGGUGUUAUUCUAGCUAUUAUUAGCAAAGCUGCUAUAUCGGGUGCAUUUAGUUUGGUUUUCGUUUACGGUUGUGAAUUAUUUCCCACAUCUUUACGAAAUUCAGCAUUGGCUCUACUUCAGUCAGUGGGUAUACUUGCCACAGUUUUUGCUCCAUAUAUAUUACUUCUGUCCACAUACCGAACGACUUUGCCACUUACUUUAAUUGGAAUUUUCAGUAUACUGGGAGCAUUAAUUUGUUUAAUUUUGCCCGAAACGUUAAAUGUGCAUCUUCCACAGACCAUCGAAGAUGGAGAAAAUAUGGGUAUAAAUAAUUGUUUUAUCUUCUGGAAAACAAGAACUAAAGCGUAUAAUUUAGACGAAACAAAGAAAUAACGAUUGAAAUCAAGAAGAAUUAAUUACGAAAAAAAUCAUUAUAAAUAAGAAUGAUUUUAUCUUCUUGUAAAAAGUAUGGAGCACUUUUAGAAAGUCAUAAAAGUGAUUAAGAAUAGCAAAUUAAAAUAAGAAAAUGAACAA